GAAGCAACAAGAAACGCAAACUCUGCUAUGAACCCCCGAACCCAGAUUUGUGCGAUUCAUUUACUCCUUUGCCUAUUUGUUCACGCCAUUCCAAUCCUAGAUUAGGCAGCUGCAAUUCUGAUCGCUAUUUAUAUCACAUUUCUUUCCAGCAAAUCAUUUUAACGAAUCCCUUUUUCUCGUGCUUGCAUCGAUUCCGCGUGGAGGAGUAAUUGACGCAUUUUUGGCUAAAUAAGAAGAAAGGAAGCAAACAGAUUUUGUUUAACUUCACCGGCUUUGCUUUUGCUGUAGACUAGAGGACAAAAACCCAGCUGGCUUUGGUUUCUUUUUGAAUGAUUCAUGCUCUUACACGGUCGGUUCUAGAAGUUUAAAAGAGCAGAUAAAAACGGAGGAGGAGAUUUCCUGUCCAUCGAGUGCUGAAAAUUUGAUUGGAGGAGUUGGUUUUAUAUUGCUGUUAGACAUGCCUGGAAAAUCUAGAAAUCUUGAAGUUUGAGUGCUUGAUUAGGUUAAUUUUGGUGUGUAGUAUAAAGGGUUCAAACCCCAUUUAAGAAUUCCAAGUGGGAUUACUUGAAUUUGUAUUCUAAGCUAUUCAGUAUAACAGCUUUAGGUUGGUAGUCAUUGUUUGGUAACUAUUCGCAAAGAAUAUUAAGGUUGUGUUGGGGUAGAAUUCAUAUUUGUAUUGAUAUAAGAUGGUUGGGACUGCUGAGGGAAUGAGUAAUAAUGGUUACUUGAAUGGGGCCACUAAUGGUACUACGGAGGAGAAAGUUGAUGAGCUUCGUCGACUUUUUGGGAAAGCAGAUGGUGAUCCGUUGAGAAUUGUUGGUGUUGGAGCUGGAGCAUGGGGUAGUGUUUUUGCAGCAAUGCUGCAGGAUGCGUAUGGUAAUCUCCGCGAGAAAGUUCAGAUUAGGAUAUGGAGGAGAGCUGGGAAGGCUGUUGACAGAGCAACUGCAGAGCACCUAUUUGAGGUGAUUAAUUCAAGGGAAGAUAUCCUGAGAAGGUUGAUUAGGAGAUGUGCAUACUUGAAGUAUGUGGAGGGAAGGCUAGGUGAUCGAACAUUGUAUGCCGAUGAGAUUUUGAAGGAUGGGUUCUGUUUGAAUAUGAUUGACACGCCUCUUUGUCCAAUGAAAGUUGUUACCAAUCUGCAGGAGGCUGUAUGGGAUGCUGAUAUUGUCAUUAAUGGUUUACCUUCAACAGAAACACAUGUGGUGUUUGAAGAAAUUAGAAGGUAUUGGAAAGAAAGAUUAACUGUACCAGUUAUAAUUUCUUUAGCAAAGGGUAUAGAGGCUGAAUUAGAGCCUGAACCACGGAUAAUUACUCCCACUCAGAUGAUAAAUAGAGCAACUGGGGUCCCUGCUGAGAACAUUCUCUACCUUGGAGGACCUAAUAUAGCAUCAGAAAUUUACAACAAGGAGUAUGCUAAUGCGCGGAUUUGUGGGGCUGAGACGUGGAGAAAACCUCUGGCAAGAUUUCUGAGGCAGCCCCAUUUUAUUGUGUGGGACAAUGGUGAUCUGGUCACCCAUGAAGUUAUGGGCGGUCUAAAGAACGUGUAUGCCAUAGGAGCUGGUAUGGUAGCAGCUCUAACUAAUGAGAGUGCAACUAGCAAAUCAGUAUACUUUGCACACUGUACGUCAGAGAUGAUAUUUAUUACUCAUCUUUUGGCGGAAGAACCAGAGAAGCUUGCAGGUCCUUUGUUGGCUGACACAUAUGUGACCCUGUUAAAAGGUCGUAAUGCAUGGUAUGGUCAGAAGUUGGCUAAAGGGGAUUUGAGCCUUGAUAUGGGUGACAGCAUCAAGGGAAAGGGAAUGAUUCAGGGAGUUUCUGCAGUGAAAGCUUUUUAUGAGCUCCUCAGUGAGUCCCGUCUGAAUCUUCUGAAUCCAAACGAAAAUAAGCAUGUUGCUCCAGUUGAGCUGUGUCCCAUCUUGAAGACAUUACAUAAAAUACUCAUAUUAAGGGAGCUGUCAUGCGAGGCAAUUCUUCAGGCUUUGAGAGAUGAAACCAUGAACGACCCUAGGGAACGGAUUGAGAUGGCCCAAAGCCACGCUUUCUACAGGCCUACAUUGCUUGGUCAAUAGUUUGCAUCCGGUCAUAUGAAUUUCUUUGGUUUAUUUGGAAGAGAAUAUGAGUGAGCUGAAUGCUUCAUGUUCAGCCAUUUUCCAUAUGCUCUAGAAGAAUGAUAACUAGGAAUUUCAGGAAUCAGCAAGAGUUUGCAUUAGUAGAUUUCUGGGCUACGUUUUCUCAGUUCGUUUGGUUAUUGGUUCUUUUCUGCCUUCCUUCUCUUGUAAAAAUGUCUCAACUGAAAAUGGUGUUAGUAUGUAUUUUAUAAUUUAAUUUAUUUGAUUA